UCCACCGCCACCGGUACAACUCCAGGAACCUCCCCUGACCCCACCUCCACUCCGGAGACCUCCACAACAGCCUCCACCACCUCCCCACAGACCUCCACGGUCUCCAGUACAACUCCAGGGACCUCCACAGACCUCACCUCAACUACAGGAAUCUCGACUGUGGCCUCUACCAUGUCCUCAGUCACCUCCACGGCCUCCACUCCAGGGACCUUCACAGACCUCACUUCCACAAUCCUGACCUCAACUGUGGCCUCUACAACCUCCCAGGAGACCUCCAUGGCCUCCAGUACAACUCCAGGAACCUCCCUUGGCCCCACCUCCACUCCAGAGACCUCUUCAACGGCCUCCACCACCUCCCCACAGACCUCCACGGCCUCCUCAACCACUCCAGGAACCUCCACAGGCCUCACUUCAACACCAGUCACCACCACAGUGGCCUCCACCCCCUCCUCAGAGACCUCCAUGGCCUCCACCUCCACUCCAGGGACCACCACAGGCCUCACUUCCACAAUCCUGACCUCAACUGUGGCCUCUACAACCUCCCAAGAGACAUCCACCGCCACCACAACUCCAGGAACCUCCCCUGGCCCCACCUCCAGUCCCGAGACCUCCACAAUGGCCUCCACCACCUCCUCAGAGACCUCCACGGCCUCCUCAGCAACACCAGGAACUUCCACAGACCUCACCUCCUCACCAGAGACCUCCACAGUGACCUCCCCUACCUCCCAAGACACCUCCACGGCCUCGUCCUCCACUUCAGGGACCACCACAGGCCUGUCUUCAACUGUGAUGACCUCAACGGUGAUCUCCACCACCUCAGUUGAGACCUCCACGGCCUCCUCAACCACUCCAGGGACCUCCACAGACCUCAGUUCAACAACAGAGACCUCCACAGUGACCUCCCCUACCUCCCAAGACACCUCCACGGCCUCAUCCUCCACUCCAGGGACCACCACAGGCCUCACUUCCACAAUCGUGACCUCAACUGUGGCCUCUACAAUCUCCCAGGAGACCUCCACG